AUGGAUCAACGAGCCAUGUCCGACUCCUCCGUCGCACCCCCUGCAACACCACCGCAGAACGAGGACGAGUCGACCAUGCCUCGUCGCGCGCUCACCGCGAAGGAUGCGCUGCUCGAACUUGAUAGGUCAGUGGCUCCACUUCGCACCGCACCUCCACCACAAGACGAGGUUCCUCCUCCGCACGUCGGCGAGUGACACAGCGGUCCAAGCGGCCCAGGCCCACGGCCGAACACGCUGCCCAGUUCCCACGACCAAGCAACUAACUCCUCGUUAAAUUGCCCUACUUUUGAUCCCACCACGUGCAGCGACUGGCUCUCGACGCUCAGACCCGGAUUCUGGGAUCUGGUGACGUACGCUGGACAAGAGCACUUUGUGAUUGAGGGUGAGUCCAUUCCUGUGCUACGCCCACGUGGAGUAGAACUGGCCUGAAUCCGUUUGACGAUUUUCUGUCGUCUAUAGGAGACGCACUGCUGCAGUACAUCUUUGACCAACCCUUGCUCAAACUGGGACGAGCUUCCGAUCCGUCGCAUCAACUGCUCCACGCGACCUGGCUGCUCGAGCAGACCCUUCAGGAGCUCCACCAGCGCGACUGCGCCUUCGACAUCGUCUUCUUCGAGUCGCAAGCUCAUGCUUCGCUCUACACGGGACAUCCCGACCAAGGCUUGGUCGAGGCGAGAAGGUUCGCUCGCCAGGUGCUCAAGCGGCGAGCCAGAGUACCCGAGGUCGAGGUCUUUGAGUUUGCUAGUCUGCUCGGGGACGACUGGCUGCAGUGGUAUCACCACAAGAGGGUUCGUUCCUGUCCCUUCACAGUCCCCAUUAUGCCUUUAAAUUCCAUGUUGAUGCCAUCUUUGUUUGCAGCCCAUGUUCAUGCUUUCGUAUGACGGAGGGCUCGUUCGACAACCCCUCGCCCCUCUCGAAUACGAGCGCAUCUUGAUCCAGCGCUCCUUCAUCUACACCGUCAUCCAGCAGCAGAUCCCUGUCUUUCAGCUGCAAACCGCCCUCUUCCAAGACUCUAAAAUCAUGUCCUUCCUCUACCGUUCCGGCGCCGGCGAGCACCUCAGCAUCUCCCUCCUGCGAGCCGCUGAGGACUCGUACUCGAGGCUCAUCGAGGCUACCCCUGCGCCGGCCCAAGUCGAGCCGCCUUCUUCCUCGACGACGGCAGACAUUCUUGCUUCGGCCGCAAAAGCCCUGCUCGUCCAUGACGAUCCAAUCACCAAGGCGUUGCUCUAUGUCUUUGUUGCACAUUGCUACGUGAUUCAGACAAUUCCACUCGAAGCUCGGGCUCAGCGCAUUCCGACGCCUUCCACCGACUUGGCGAGCACGAUCUCGUCCUUCUAUGGUAACCUCUUUGCCGCUCUGGCAGGCGCAGUGCAGCGCAUCCCGCUCGACGAUUCUCUGAGCUCGUUUGACGUUGAUGGUCGCUUGUUUCUCUCUCUAUUGGUCGAGGUCCUGACUUCGACCAGCGAGGUCUCGGAUCUCCUCGGUCCCAAGGUCGCUGCCGACACGGAGACGUUAUGGUCCCGCCUCGGGCAAUCCGAAGUUGACCUCGCACGACUUCGCUCCAAGUUCUCGAACGAGUCGACGGAGCUUCCUCCUCUCAAAGAGGCCAAGACGACAAAAUUGCUACCUUACUCGAACCCUUCGUUCGACAAGCACUUCACCUCAGUCCACGUCUCGGAAUCCGAUGCCAAGUCACCCGCCUCGAUCGCACACAAGCUCGACCCCGACUCGGCAUUUGACGACACGGCCUUCUGGGAAAACCCAAAGCCGGUGCUUCCGACCCAUCUCGGCGGCGCUGCACCCCCCGUCCUGGACGCCCGACAAAAGAAAAAGCGCGAUCGAAAGAACCAAAAUUUCAUGGCGGCGAUGCAAAAGUCUGCGGCGUCGCUGACUGGAGCUUUGGGUGCCCAACUCAAGCGGGAAGCGAUUCCUGCGGUCGGCAAGAGGGCCAAGGACCGAUCUCUCGCAAAGCCAUCCGCGAAUCAGGCCUCGAGAAACCCCUCGGCGUCGAAGGAAGCGCCUGCUGCCAAACCCCUGACGUCGAAGGAGAAGCUGCUAGCCGAGAACGCGGCAAAGAAGCAACUCGAGGAAGGUGUGCAGAAUGCGCUGUGGUGGAACGAGCGUCUGGAGCAGUUGAAGCCCCUCAAUACGACAGCCCAAAUUGCCCUGCUUGCGGGGUAUCUCAAAAAUCGACGUGCUUCGGACCGGUGGUUGGGGACUGAGAUGGUGCUCAAGCGAGUCGAUCUCGAACUACGCAAGUGGAUCGCCGACGAGAGGCGCAGCGAACCCAAGAUUGCCGAUGAAUACCGUGUAUUCAUCGCCAAGACAGUCACACCCUUGCUCGAACGAGCGGUCGAAGGCUCUGCUACGAUCAACGAGCGACAGGGUAAAGCCCUCACGACCACGUUGCAGGUCAUGGGACUUGGUUGCAUGGUGCCUGAAGGGAUCCAGUUCGGCGCUGCUGUCGAGAAGGCACUCGAAGCGGCCGCUCCAGCUGCCAAAGGUGGCAAGAAGGGUGCCGCAGCAGGCGCCAAGGACAAGAAGGAAGAUGCGAAGAAGAAGUCAGGCAGUAGCGGCAAGGCUGGGAAGGAGGACAAGGGUGCCAAGCUAUCGUUCUCGUUCUGCAUCAAGAAGAGUAGCGACUUUGACUUUAUGAAGAUCGAGGAGGAUCCUCUCGAGUGGCAGCUGAGGUGCAUGGGCGAGUUCAUGAGGAGGGAGCUCGAUAGCCGACCUGAUCCACGGUAAGUGCCUAAAGAGAGCCCUUUGGUCUCAUAUUCUGGCUUACCGGCGCCUUCAUCCCACGACAGUGUCAACUUCAACCCCGACGCAUGGCAACGAGAUGUGCUCGACAAGAUUGAUGCUGACGAAUCGAUCUUGAUCAUCGCACCGACGUCGAGUGGGAAGACGUUCAUCUCGUUCGCAGCAAUGGAGCGCGUCUUGCGCGAAUCAGAUGACGGAGUGUGCGUUUACGUCGCGCCUUCGAAAGCUUUGGUCAACCAAGUCGCCGCCGAGACCUUUGCCCGUUUCUCCAAGGAAGUCGCGGGAUCGUCCAUGUGGGCCAUCCACACGGGUGAUUACCGAAUCAACAACCCACAAAACUGUCAGAUCCUAGUCACUGUCCCCCACGUCUUCUCUGAGAUGCUGCUCAACCCGGCUCUGGCCCGAGUGUGGACACCUCGCAUCCGACGUGUCAUCGUCGAUGAGAUCCACGCCAUCGCUGGCGAGGAAGGUGGAAUGUGGGAGCAAGUGCUUCUGAUGAACCCGGCGCCGAUCAUCGGUCUCUCCGCGACGGUCGGAGCUCCAGAACGUUUCUCGGCUUGGCUCGAAUCGGUCGAGACGGCUUGCGGCAGGAGCUACUCGCUCGUGCAGCACCAGCAUCGAUUUAACGCGCUCCGUAAGUUCACGUUCGCGCCCAAGUUCCCGCUCAAGUCGAUCAGCCCUCUCAACGACCACAAAGUCAAGGCCGACACCUUCGUCCCGAUCCACCCGAUCGCCGCUCUCGCGCUGGGAAAUCCCAACUUGCCCGAAGACCUCGCUCUCGAGCCUCGCGACACCUUGUCCCUGUGGCAAGCGAUGACCAACGUCGCGCAACUCGAUCCGGGACUCGAGCCCAACAAGUUCUUCGCCAAGACGCCCUCGAUAGCCAUUCGUGAUGUCAUCUCUUACGAAAAGGAGCUCAAAAAAGUCCUCGUCUCGUGGCGCGAAGCCCCCGACUCAAACGACCCUGACUCGCCGUUCCAGAAGCUCAUCAUCGCGAUCGAAUCACCUUUACGAGCCGCUACCGAGGAGGCCGAGCAAGAGAUUGCUGAGCACGAAGAAGACGAGGACUUCCUUCCUAGCUUGUUCUUGCCGAUGCUGGCGGACUUGAACGCCCAAGGCUCGUUACCAGCAAUCAUCUUCUCCUUCAGUCGUGACACGGUCGAGAGGAUUGGACGCAAGAUUCUGGAAGACCUCGAGGCGGCCGAGACGAAAUGGCGUCAGAGCUCGCCGACGUACAGGUUGCGCGUCGCCAAAGCUAAGGAAGAUGAGAAGAUGGCGGCGAAGAAGGCCAAGGCUGUCGAAGCGGCGUCGAGGAACAAGAAGGACGAAGACAACGAGCGUGAGGCUGCCGACACGGAGUCGCAGAACCAGUUCGACCCCGACGCACCGAGCGAGGAGUUCUCGUUCGUCGGCAAAGGAAUCUCUCAGGUCGAGGUGAGUUGGUAAUUGCCAGAUGAGCCAACAUUCGACUUGCUUGUGCUCAUGAGACGUGCGCAUGGUGGUGUUUAACAGUUCAAACGCGAGAUCGACAGUCUUGCAUGGCUAGAUCUACCCUCGUGGAUGAUGAAUGCUCUCCGUCGCGGUGUCGGCAUCCAUCACACGGGUCUGACGCGUCGCUACCGGGUCUUGGUCGAAAACUUGUAUCGCCGCGGUGUUUUGCGCGUAGUCAUUUCGACAGAGUCACUUGCGCUCGGUAUCAAUGCUCCGGCGCGCACCGCAAUCUUUGGUGGCGACUCGGUCUUCCUCAACGCGCUCACGUUCCGACAGUGCUCCGGACGAGCUGGACGUCGUGGUUUCGACACGCUCGGAGAAGUACUCUUCGUUGGCAUCACUUUGGAUCGCAUCGAGCGCUUGUUACUAUCCAAGUUGCCCAAGCUCGCUGGCACGUUCCCGCUGACGACGACCUUGGUCCUGCGCCUCCACAACCUCCUAUGGGGCUCGGAUUACGCCCCGCUGCCGACUCAGAGCCUCGACACGCUCUUAACCAUCCCGCGCCUUUCGGUCAGCGACAAGACCGACGGCAGGUCCCACGUCCGGCACUUUACUCGCUUCGCCGACGAGUAUCUUCGACGCGCGGGCCUCAUCGACGAGACGGGCCGUCCUUUGCUCAUGUACGGCAUCGCUUCGGGUUUGUACGCGGAUGAACCGUCGAACUUUGCAUUCGUGGCCCUGCUGCGCUCGGGCGAGCUCCACCGCAUUACGGACACGUUCGAAACCGACCCCGACAACACCGCUCGUGAGCUCCUACUCGUUUUAGCCCACAUCUUUGCACCCAUCUACCGCCGUCGCAUCGAUUCCCGGGCGAUGCGCUCGGGGGCCCGCAACUCGCCAUCGCUCAUGGCUUUGCCGCCCUUACCCAAGCGCAUCGCCGCGGUGCUGCAGAACCACCACGACGCAAUCGUUACCAUCUUCUCAACCUACGCCAAGGAGUACUCGGAGCAGCACUCGAACGAGCUGGGUGCGGAUGACAAGUUGCCCGUUUCGGGUCGACAAAUCGUGCCGACGGAUCCGAGCGCCGAUGGCCUGUUCGCGUCCAAACUGCGACAGAGCAAGAUCCCCUUCGAGAGUCGCUCGGCCUUUACGGCUCUUUCGGGACACGGGGAUGUUUAUGACUCGAUCGAGGAGCUGACUGGCACCGUCCGAGCUGGCGUCAGUCUGCAAAGGAACGCGGUCCCGGCUCUGGCUUCGGCGAUGCUCGAUAGUACCGAGCACCAACUCGAUGCUUACGCGGUCGAUUUCUUCCGCCACGGAUCGCUCAACGUGCUCGUGCGCGACAAUGGUAUUUCGAGGUCGUUCGUGUGGUAUGCUUUGAAGGACUUUGAUACCGCUUUGACGACUGUCAAGACGACGAUCGAGACGCUGUUGCAGCGACCGUCGGUCGAGACCGAUGACGAUGGGGCCGACUCGGACGACGGCAACGUAGGCUUCGAAUGGAAGGGCCGCUCGAACGCAACGACCACGGCCGCUGCCGGUGAAGAAGAGGGUCAAUCUUCCGAGGCUGAGAUUACCAGACCGGCUGGCGUCAGUGAUGGUGAGUUCCUAUCCCUCUGUGCUCGGUUGGUUGAAGCCAGGUGCUCAUCUCGUCGUUUCUUUGACCCAUUUUUGCAGCUGAUUGGCGCCUGUACCGCGCUGUGACGCAUCUGCACGUCGCGUUCAACGAGAAGUUCCACUCUGUGUUUGCCUGA